UAUCUUUGCUUUAUACACGAUUAGCUCUUGGUUGUGGAGGAUAUUUGGUCCAUCAGAAACAUCCAGCAUGAGUCGAACUCAGCAGCGUAUCAGCAUUAUCUCUGGUUUACUCUUGAUAUCAGUGUCUCUAUGUUACAGUAAACUGUCCUGUAAAGAAGGGCACAGCGGUCCAACCUACGAGUCCAUACAGGCUGUGUUUGACCUACAAUCCUUCAGGCCAGCAGUGAACCUUAGCAAUCCCACCAUAGCCAACAUCUCCUUCACCCUGUAUGCUGUUCUGGGAGUGAGUGAGAAAACCCAGAUACUCACUACUUUCUUGUGGCUGAGAGUGUACUGGCACCAUGAGUUCCUGAUUUGGGAACCUGAUGAGUGUGACGGCGUCACCAGGAUUUCUCUCCCUGUGAAGGAGCUAUGGUCUCCAGACAUCAUCGUGUAUGAGUUUGUAGAUGAUGAUGUUUCUCAAGCGUGUCCAUAUGUCUACGUGAACCACACAGGUCACAUCCGCUGGGACAGGAUGCUGCGGCUUGUCUCAGCCUGCAACCUGGAGAUCUUCAGUUUUCCUUUUGACGUGCAGAAUUGCACAUUUACAUUUGGCUCCUAUAUGCACACCAUAAGGGAUGUGAGGCUUAGUCCAGCCCUGACAUUUAAAGAGAUGUCUGAAAACUCAAAGAGUUACCUGGAAGCCAGUGGAGAGUGGGAACUGGUGGAUAUAAUUGGAGAGUCCUCCAUUCUCAAGUUUGGAAUUGAUGAGUGGGACAUCAUUACCUUCUGGGUGGUCAUAAAGCGACGACCAGUCCUCUACGUGGUCAACCUGCUGAUCCCCAGCUCCUUCCUCAUGCUCAUCGACAUCCUGUCCUUCUACCUGCCCCCGCAUAGCGUCGAUCGCGCCUCCUUUAAGAUGACCCUCAUCCUGGGCUACACCGUCUUCUUGCUCAUCAUGAACGACCUGCUGCCCAGCACAGCAAAUGGCACGCCAAUAAUAGGUAUCUAUUUCUCUGUGUGUCUGGCCCUCAUGGUCAUCAGUCUACUCGAGACGGUCAUCAUUACCAAUGUCCUCCACCACAACUCCAUGAAGUAUCAGGAGGUUCCAAACUGGGUGAGGGUGGUGAUCCUCAAACACAUAGCCAACCUCAUCUGUUACCGAUGGCCGGAGGACAUCCAGCCCCCUUCUAUACCACAGAAGGAUAAACCUGACAGCUCAAAUGGUGGUUCAGGGCCGUGGAUCAUCCAACCAGCCAGCCAGACACCUGCCCAGCACCCUCCAAGCACCGGAGAUAUAGCUUCUCUGCCUGAACUGCAACAGAUCUGUCAAUACCUUGGCGACCUUCGUGCCCACCUCAUCUCACUGCAGAAGGAGAGCGAGCUGCAAGACCAGUGGUGCCACGUAGGAUAUGUCCUCGACUUCCUGCUCUUCCGCAUCUAUCUGUUGCUAAUCUCCUGUUACGCCCUGGUGAUCAUCUCCAUGUGGUGCAUCUGGAUCAGCCAGACAUGCUUUGUUGCAGCAUUGAACUGCACCAGCCCAACCCCUAAAUCCUUGUUUGAUACACUCGAGAAAAAUUUAUUCCCUGACAAACUGGUGCGUCCUGUGAAGAGCUUUUCAGAUCCAAUUAACAUAACCAUCAGUAUCAGCGUGGUGGGAAUUUUAGGAGUGAAUGAAAAGGCCCAAACCCUGACAACAGUCUUAUGGCAAGUUGUGCAGUGGAAUAUUGAGGGGCUGAGCUGGGAUGAGAAGGAGUGUGGAACCACAAGAAUCUCUGUCCCUCGGGAAAAGCUUUGGGUCCCAGACAUCCACAUCACAGAGUUCGUGGACGAGGACAAAUCUCCCAAAACUCCCUAUGUCUACUUAGACAACAAAGGUCGUGUUUAUGAUGAUAAGCCAAUCAGAGUGGUUAGCUCCUGCCGAUUAGGAAUAUACACUUUCCCCUUCGAUGUCCAAAACUGCUCUUUGACCUUUGGAUCGUAUCUACACUUUGCUACGGACUUAAGGAUGAUUCAAGGCGCCACAUCUGAAGAGAUCCUAGAGGAGUCCAGAUAUGUGUUGCAGACCAAAGGGGAGUGGGAGCUCAUAGAUAUAAAUGUAGCUCCUUCUACUCUGGUAUUACAGGAGGGAAGUUACUCUGACAUAAAAUACUUUAUCAUUUUAAAACGUAGGCCAACCCACUAUGUGGUGAACCUCCUGGUCCCCAGCUGCUUCCUCAUCGCAGUGGACCUCUUCAGCUUCCUGCUGCCUCCCGAGAGUGUGGACCGGGCCUCCUUCAAGAUGACCCUCAUCCUGGGCUACACAGUUUUCCUGCUCAUCAUGAACGACCUGCUGCCCAUCACUGGAGAGUCAACACCUGUCAUCAACGUUUUCUUCUCCCUCACUCUCGCCCUAAUGGUGGCCAGCCUGUUGGACACGGUGGUUAUCACUAAUAUCCAUUUCAGCUCCAGCCGGUACCGCGCUCCGCCUCGUUGGCUCAGAGUCCUUGUAUUGCAAUAUCUAGCUGUUGUAGUUUUUCUUCCUCCAAAGAAAAAGAGCAAUCGAGUCACUGUCUUCCUCAACCCAUCUACUGGAGAACCAACAAUUAAUUCCAGCAUCACCAACAUCUCAGAGAGUCAUCUUUCAAGCAUAACUGGCAAUACAACACCAGUGGAAACCCCACCGGUCCCUCUGGAUUCAGCCCUGCAAGAACUGAAGAAGCUAAGCAGAGAUCUCGCGGCCAUCCGCCUCCAGAUGGACGAACACUUACAGGGAAACAAAACCACGCAGGAAUGGCAAAUGAUCGGAAGAGUUAUCGACCGUCUGCUGUUCGUCUUUUACAUUGUCUUCAUCACUGUCAGCUUUAUCACUAUCAUAUGUAUUUGGACCUGGAACAACUCAUAUGCAGCAUGAUUUAACUUAGGGGGUAGCUAGCGGUUAAAUAUGUUAUUGUGGAUUUAAGCUAUUGAUAAACAGUUCAUCUUAAAAACAUGCACUAGAGAAUAUGUAAAUCGCACUGCUAUGGCAUUAAAACAGCAUAAAACCAAACAUAGGAACACAGUUAAGUAAGCAAGUACAUCUAAGUCAUGGGGCAGGUAAUUGUUUAUAAAAUUGUUGAGAUUGAAGUUCAACUGAAAUAUUGACUAUGUAUAUGUACAAGACGGUGCUAUUGGUCAAUUGUUUGAUUUAGGCAUGCAGGCUAGAUUUAUAUAGCUAGAUUUUAUAUAUGGCUCAGAGAAAAAUGCACCACAACUGACUGCAUACGUUUUACAUGAUUAGUAUCACACACUAUUUGUACAUCCUUUGCCUGUUAUGUGUUACAUUAUUAAGCCUUUUACACAGACUGUUGCUUAAU